AGAUGAACAUGCGUCCGAAAAAUGAUGGAAGCCAGGGACCCACACGUCCAGACCUUACCACGCACGAUGAUCUCUUAGCAGCGGCCGGUGCGAUGGGAGCCUUUAAAUUGCUGCUAGGAAGGCCUCGUGGUUUCUUCUGCACGCCGUCAAUCGUUCAGUUUCAUAGUCAGCCGUGAUCCGUACGGGUCAGCAAGCGACGUAGUUCUUUGGUAUCUUUCGUUCACCUCAUACUCAAUUCGACAUGCAUUCAUUCAUCGUUCCUUCCUUUUUUGGUGCAGCGGUGUUGGCAGCCGCAUCAGCCCAAACCACAUACGAUUAUGUCAUUGUUGGAGGAGGUACCACAGGCUUAGUUGUUGCGAAUAGGUUAAGCGAAGACCCUGAGAAGACGGUCUUGGUCAUCGAAAACGGCGCCCUCAACAAUGGUACCUUAUCCAGCAUCCCCGGCAACUCGGGAGGUCUCAACCUCGCUGCUAUGUACGACAUCUACAGCGCACCCGUUCGAAAUCUUGGCAACCAAACUUUCCUAGUAACAGUCGGUAACGUCGUCGGUGGCGGGUCGUACGUGAAUGGAAUGCAAUUCGACAGAGGUGCCGAUGCUGAUUACGACGCGUGGGGCCAGCUCGGAAACAAAGGAUGGGAUUGGAAGGGGUUGAAACCAUAUUUCAUGAAGAGCAACGACUUCGAUGCGCCUUCGGAGAAUACAACCAAGGCCUUUGGAAUUACCUAUGAUGUCAAGGCUUACGGUAAUGGCCCAUUGAGAGUGUCAAUACCAGACUACCAGUUCCCCGAUAUGAAGACUAUCUAUCAUUCGUGGGAUCAUGUCGACAUACCGCAUCCACAGGAGGGCUUCGCGGAGCCUGUCGGUCACUACUGGUCACCAAACUCAAUCAACAAGGCGACGGCUAUGCGCAGUACCUCGCGCACUGCAUACUACGAUCCCAUCGUAUCAAGGAAGAACCUGAAGCUGUUGACAAACACUCAUGUCGACAAGAUCACUUUCACGAAAAACAGAGUAGGCGCUCUGACCGCUACUGGUGUCAAAUACACACCAAAAGACACGAAUGAGCAGGUUGAAGCUAUCGCCGCGAAAGAAGUCAUUCUUGCUGCUGGUGGCGUAUUUACACCACACUUGCUCAUGUACUCUGGUGUUGGUCCAAAGGACGUUCUGACAGCUGCCGGUAUCACCGUAAAGAAGGAUCUCCCAGCCGUAGGUUCAAACUUUCAAGACCACAUCGCCAACUAUAUGAACUUUGACCUCCAAAAUCUAAACCCGGAGAACAUGAACGCCCUCAGCACAGAUUCAGCCUUCAAUCAAACAGCCUACGAUCAGUACUUGAAAUCGCGUACCGGCCCUUACUCUGUCGGCAAAGCCAACGGCCUCGUCUUCAUCGCACUGCAACACUUCGAUACCGCUUUCAAGAAGACUGUCGCUAAAAUUCGAUCUCAAUUAGCUUCUAACUUCCUCCCUGAACGCUACGCAAAGGACAAGAAGCUCCUCGCCGGCUUCACAAAGCAGCGCGAUAUCCUCGUGAAGCAGUUCUUGGGCACCGACGCCGCUGUAGGCGAGCUUGUCAUUCAGCCAUGGGGUUUCUCUGGUAUCGCGAACAAUAAGCCACUCUCACGAGGCACUAUCACACUCAACAAUACGCAUCCUGCCGCCUAUCCGAUCGUCCAAUGGAACACGUUCCAGAAUCCCGUUGAUGCAGACGUCAUGGUAGCCCUUACACGAUACAAUCGCGCACACUGGGCAUCGAAGGAACUCGCCCAAUACAAGCCUGUGGAGACAGCUCCUGGCCCUCAGUACCAGACUGAUGAGGAGAUCAUUCAGGGCGGUGUUGCAUCCGGCUCGCUGCAACCGACGUUUGCGCAUCCGAGUGGUGGGUGCAGUAUGAUGCCCGAGGAGCUUGGUGGAUGUGUUAGCGAUGAGUUGUUAGUGUAUGGUGUAAAGGGGUUGAGUGUCGUGGAUGCAAGUAUCAUUCCAAUGAUUCCUGCGACACAUCUACAGGCCACUAUGUACGCGAUUGCGGAGAAGGCGGCGGAUAUUAUCAAGAAACGCGCUUAGAAAAUCCAUAACUACUUUGUGUCCGAAAAUGUUUUGAUUCUUGACGCACGGCAGUGGUGCUUGAAAUUUCGAGCUAUGGUCGUAGACAAGCCAAAUGCUUGACCCAAGAGCGAAUACCUUAGGGUGCUGAAGAACCCAAUUUCGCUUCCGCACAUAUGAUCUCGACCGCUUUCUCAGCGAAAGCGUAGACAGCGGUCAAAAUGUUUCCUCGUGGUAUAAUCGGUAAAACGCUAGCAUCGCAAACCCUCACAUU